AUGCAGUUAAACAUUACAACCCAAACGUACGAAACGUGUUUCCGGCCGGAUCCUGGAAGACGCCGCGACUGCCACCCGCCCCCACACCGGAAUACGCGUACAUCAGAGCAGCCACCCCACUGCCAGUCGUACACUCACAUGGUGGUACAGCCUAAGACCACCUACGAAGUUACUGAAAAGUAUACUGAGCCUAUAGUAUAUCAAGCUCCGAAACCAUCCAAGGUUGAAGCACCUACAGGAUUUUCGAAACAAUCGUCUUUAAUCACACCAGAAUUUCAACAGUUCGUACGUAACGGCGCCGCUUUCCAUCUACCAACACAGUACGGCGUCACGUCAUUGUCACUACCGCAAAAUCAGAUUAUUCCACAACAAUUUUCUAUGCAGGGUUUUACUGAAUUGUCAGGUCAUCAAGAUCUUCUACAAACAGGAGCCGAAGGAUUAAUUAUUUCACCGCACGCUCUAUACCAAAACGAUCCCAAUUUCUUACAAAAGUUGCAAAACCAACUGUUACAACAAUUUCAGUCAGUCGAAAUUAUACCUUAUCCCACUGACGUGCAGCCUCAAAUCCAACAAACUUCAUCUCAACCUCAAAUAUUUUUACUAGAAAACGAAGUGAUAACAAAACAAAUACCAACAUCUUUCAAACCAAGAGAACCUCAUAGAAAUAUUGUGCAAAGGGAAACACAAGAAGGUUCAGUGCUUUCUUUAAUACCCCAAGCUUUCACUCCUAGUAAUGUUACUGAGAACUUCAUUGAUGCAACCACACUAAACACAUCACAAAAUGUUACAUUAGAAACAAUAACAUCCGAAACAGAAACUCCCACGACAACUGUUAAGAACUUCGUUGAAACAACCUCGGAAGAACAAAAGACUACACCUGUAUAUUAUGCACAGGUUGGCCAGAAUGUAGAUAAUGAUAUGGCUAAAGAAUUUUAUUCAGCCAUAAAUGAUGUCAGAGCUACAGCCGUUUUAGCGCAAGAGGAGAAACUAAAUGAAAUUAUUAACGAAGAAAAUGUGACUACCACGCCAGCGAAAUCAGAAACUGAUGUUAAUAAAAGUAUUAAUUUAGAGACAGAAGGCAAGAACAAAACUUACAAUGAAAUAAAGCCAAUUGCAGGAACGCCAUUCGAAAAGCCAGAUGGAUCUGUUAAUGUUGCGUAUACAUUACUGAGAUCACAAGAAGACCAAACAAAAGUGAAUAAAGAAGGCAAUGUACUCGCAGGUCAGUUGGUGCAAGCUAUGAUAAGUGAGGAUCGUGAUUUCAACAAUGGACAAGUGAAUAUAGCGUCACGACGGCCACCGUUACGACUGAUCGCAAUUCCGGAGAAGAAAACGGAAAUUAUACCACAUAAGUUGACAGUAGUAAAGGCGAAAAUACCUCCAAAAAGUAAGAUCACUUUUGAUAAUAAAACUGGAGAACCGAUACUAAGAAUAUACGCAAGCUAUUCUGAAAAUCCAAUGCAGAAGGAAGUUUUGCUUUCAAAACUGUCCAAUAUAAAACAAUUCAAAGAUCCAGUGACGAGAAAACAAGACAAUUUAGAGAAUCGAAAGGCUGCCACCAUAAAAACAUUCGACAAAUCUAUAACGAACGACCCAAAUCAAGUCUCACAGUUCGGCCUCAAGGUUCGUUCUAGAAGUGACGACUACAUACCUUUGUUUGAAGAAUAUGAAGAGUGA